UCAUUAUGAAAGUUUCAUAACCUAACACUGGCAAAAAGUUAAAACGACAAAAAAACAAGAAUUGAUGUCACUGACAAUAAAAUCAACUGUUAAUUAUCCGCUUAUUAAAUUUUACCUAUACAAGUUAAUUGACACAUGACAUAUCUAGAAUAAAAAAAAUAAAAAAUUAACCAGCACUGACCCAAUUUCCAAGUGAUCCACUAAAAACAAUUAUCAAUACUAGAUUUAUUUUUUCGAACCAACAACCUGUGCAUCAGCUGUUGGCACUUGUUCAUCUUCCAUUGAAAAAUUAUUCAUUUAUACUUCAAUUAUUGUAUCAAUAUCAACUGGACAAUUAUCACAGCUGAUUGUUUGAUGUUUCUGGUAAAUGUAACUGGAUGUUAUUUUAUUCCAUUGGUUACUAUUUGAGGUCAAUUACCGAUUUUAAUUAACUCUUGCUUUUGAAGAAAUUCAAUGGGAGAAGCACCUAAAUAUUAUGGAAAAAGACGUAGCUUAGUGCGGCGCAUAGGUUCGUUUUUGCCGCUGAAGCCUCCUCCGAAAAUUUAUGUAAGGGUAACACCACUUCACUCUAUGUCCAGCUCGAUGAUCAACGAAGUUGCGAAUGACAACAAUCAUACCAAUGGUUUUGGAGUUGCUGACAGCAGACUGUCUGGAAGCAAACCCGACUUACUGGAGCCAAUAAGUUUCGGCUCAGAGGUAAGACUCCUAGCAUUGGAGCAGGAACUCCAGGAAUUGAGGUCACAAGUAUCGAAAAUAGUAAAAACGACCAGCCAGCGCGAGCAUUAUUCAUCGUUAGCGUCGUUAUCGAAUGGAAACUCGAGUAUAGGACUAAGACCUCCUCCUCCCCCGCCGCCCUUGCCACCCCCGACGACUCCGCACAUCGCGAGACGAGCUAGUCUCCAGGAUUACAAAACCGAGGAACGCAAGAAGCCUUUGUUGACCCAGAAGUCUAUGGCUGAUAUGAUCAAAGAUAUUGAUAAAGUUAAAUUAAAACCUAUUGAAAGGUCACCCGGUGGACGUCCAGUUCGAAUUAAACGAGAAAACAGUCCCUGUAACGACUUGCAAGAAAUCCUCCGCCGUAGAUACGACGCCAUGAAGUCUCCAGACAGUAGAAAUUCAUCAGUAUUGAACGUCGAUGAAUCCUUUUAAUUUCUCUCUAAAAAAAAAAAAAAACAAUUUUAUUUUUAUUUCUACUCAUUGCUCAUAUUAUUUUAUAAGAUUUUUUUUUUCAAUAAAAAAAGAAAAAUAGUUAA